UUUAACUCCACAUUCUUCUGGUUUCCAGUCCAGACUGGGUUUUCUCUCUUUGAGCUGCUGGACAGAACCAGAACCAGAAGCUGGUUCUCUCUCUGCAUGUCUGAUCUCGUCUCAGGAUUCAGAUGUACAGAGCUUCUGUUUGUGCUCUUUUUUUCUAGCCAUCAAUCAGAUUUAUGCAAAGUUGAUCCCUCUGAAUGAAUACAGAUUUGUUUGAUGGGCAAAAAAACCCAAAAAAAACAACCUAAAGUCUUCCUUCCUCGUGGACAGAGGAAGGAAGACAAACAGUUAAUGUCAGACUGUUUGACUCUGGGAGUUUUCAUGGGCGAGACAUCAAACUUUGAGGUCUGGACCAAAAAGGGUUUGGUUUUCCAGAUAAAAGAUGGCGGAGAAACAGGAAGUUCAGCAGGAAGUGGAUUUCGAGAAAGAACUUUUCAAAGUUCGCAGUGAGUUUGUGAAGAGAGUUUCUGAGGAAAUCCUGAUUCAGCUCCUCGAUAACCUGGAAACAGAUGGUGUCUUUAAUCUUUCGGAGAAACGGGCAAUACUUGAAGGGAACCAAAUAACAGCAAACAAGGCCCGGGAGACCAUAGAUGCUGUUAGGAUGAAAGGACAGGGAGCCAGUGAAAUGAUGAUCCAACGUCUUCACAACAUAGAUCCUACCCUGUCCAAGCAGCUGAGAUUUUCCCCAACUAAAGAUUAUUAUUUUCGGUGUCAACAGCAACUUAAAGUGAAUGUGAAGAUGAAGUUCCAGAGUCUUUGUGAAGGCGUCUCUGAACAUGGAAAUCAAACUCUACUGAACCAGAUCUACACAGAGCUCUACAUCACAGAGGGGUUAACGACAGGGGUCAAUGAUGAACAUGAGGUCAGACAGAUUGAAACAGCAUCCAGGAAACAAGAAACAAUCAGAAGAGAAGACAUCUUUAAAACCCCACCUGGAAGAGAUCAACCAAUCAGAACAGUGAUGACCAUGGGAGUGGCUGGCAUUGGGAAAACACUGUUAACACAGAAGUUCACUCUGGACUGGGCUGAAGGCAAAACCAACCAGAACAUUGAUUUCAUAUUUCCAUUCACUUUCAGAGAGCUGAAUAUGUUGAAAGAAGAAAAGUUCAGUUUGGUGGAACUGAUUCAUAAAUUCUUCAUAUAAAGAUGAAAUCAGCAGCUUUAAAAGUUCAGAUUCUGUUUAUCUUUGAUGGUCUGGAUGAAA